GGGGCAGCAGGAUUAGAGAAAAGCCAGAAAAUGGAGCACGCGGGGAGCAGCGCUGGCUGAGGGGCCGAGCUGGGGACAGCCCUCGGCGCCCCGCGGACGCGCAGCUCUGUUCCAUCUCCUUGGAUCCAUUCUCUCACUGUUGGAAGGCACCGUCUCACCAGGACAGAGGAGCAGGCUCGUGCUCGUGGGUGCCUUUGGAACCGCUCCGCUUGUGGACACAAGCUUCCUUGAAUCUUGGUUGUUGCUAUCUGUGCUCCUGAGGGAAAGAACAGAAUCCUAUCUCAUCUAGGACUGGGUUAGGAGUCCAGGUCCCAGAUCCUUUUGAUCUGAAAGAAGCUGAACAACCUGUAUUUUGACAAGCAACCUACAAUUUUUAAGGAAUCUGAGAUGAAAGAGAACUAGAUUCUGAUGAUCAUCUUGACAUUGUUACUGUCACCUGUGUUGACAAGAUAAAAAACUUGAACAUGCCUCGUAGCCCUACAUCAAGUGAAGAUGAAAUGGCACAAAGCUUCUCUGACUAUUCUGUUGAGUCUGAAUCAGACAGCUCCAAAGAAGAAACUAUUUAUGACACAAUUAGAGCAACUGCAGAAAAGCCAAGCAGCAGAAUGGAAGACAGUCAGAGCAACACUUUAGUGAUUCGAAUUAUCAUACCUGACCUGCAGCAAACGAAAUGCAUUAGAUUUAACCCAGAAGCUUCAGUGUGGGUUGCAAAACAGCGGAUUUUGUGCACUUUGAACCAGAGUUUGAAAGAUGUGCUGAAUUAUGGACUGUUCCAGCCUGCAAGCAAUGGAAGAGAUGGGAAGUUUUUGGAUGAGGAGCGACUUCUGAGGGAAUACCCGCAGCCAGUAAAUAAAGGAGUUCCUUCACUCGAGUUUCGCUACAAAAAAAGAGUGUACAAACAGUUCAACCUCGAUGAAAAGCAGCUGGCCAAGCUUCACACCAAGGCCAAUUUGAGAAAAUUUAUGGAUCAUGUCCACCAUCUCUCUGUGGAAAAAAUGACCAAGAUGUUGGACCGAGGACUGGACCCAAACUAUCAUGACUUAGAAAGCGGAGAAACACCCCUAACUUUGGCAGCUCAGCUUGACAAUACAGUAGAAGUGAUAAAAGCCCUGAAAAAUGGAGGAGCACAUUUAGAUUUCAGAGCCAAAGACGGAAUGACAGCUCUGCACAAAGCAGCCAGAGCCAAGAACCAAGUAGCCCUCAAGACCCUUUUAGAGCUGGGAGCAUCUCCCAACUACAAGGACAGCUGUGGCCUGACCCCGCUGUACCACACGGCCGUGGUGGGAGGGGACCCUUUCUGCUGUGAGCUCUUACUCCAUGAACAUGCUACAGUCAGCUGCAAGGAUGAAAAUGGAUGGCAAGAAAUCCAUCAGGCUUGCAGGUACGGACACGUCCAACACCUGGAGCACCUCCUGUUCUACGGCGCCGACAUGUGUGCGCAGAACGCCUCGGGGAACACGGCCCUGCACAUCUGUGCCCUCUACAACCAGGAGAGCUGUGCAAGGGUGCUGCUGUUCCGGGGAGCCAACAAGGAGAUAAAGAAUUACAACAGCCAGUCUCCAUUUCAGGUGGCUAUAAUAGCGGGAAAUUUUGAGCUUGCUGAAUAUAUCAAGAAUCACAGGGACGCUGAUAUUGGAUCCAGCUUUCCAUAUCCAAGUAGAAGUCCCUGGAAUCCGUUGCUGUCAGUGCCCUUUAGGGAGGCUCCCACCUACUCUAACAGGAGGAGGAGGCCUCCCAGCACCUUGGCAGCCCCCCGGAUCCUGCUCCGCUCCAACAGUGACAACAACCUGAACAUCAACAACCUCCCUGAGUGGUCAGCCUCUUCCUCUGCCUCUUCACACCGCAGCCUUUCCCCUCACCUGCUCCAACAGAUGCAGAGUAAUCCCAAUGGAACUGUAAAAACCGUGGCGAGUUACACUCCGUCCUCCCGGAGCCGCUCGCCAUCCCUCAACAGGCUGGGAGAGGAUGCCAAGAGGCAGCAGCACAGGCACAUCAGUGCCAUUUACAGUCCCAGUGCCAACAAGGAUACUCUGUCUGCCUUGGAUUAUCAGGGUCCCAAAAGGAAGCUCUACAGUGCUGUCCCUGGGAGACUUUUUAUCGUAGUAAAGCCAUAUCAACCUCAAGGGGAAGGGGAAAUUCACCUGCACAAAGGAGACAGAGUCAAAGUUCUGAGCAUCGGAGAAGGCGGAUUCUGGGAAGGCAGCACCCGGGGACACAUUGGCUGGUUUCCUGCAGAGUGCGUGGAAGAAGUUCAGUGCAAACCAAAUGAAAGCAAACCAGAAACACGAACAGAUAGAACAAAGAAGCUGUUUAGACACUACACAGUUGGAUCCUAUGACAGCUUUGAUGCUUCAAGUGACUGCAUAAUAGAAGAAAAGGCAGUGGUCCUGCAGAAAAAAGACAAUGAAGGAUUUGGAUUUGUGCUCAGAGGGGCAAAAGCUGACACACCAAUUGAAGAAUUCACCCCAACUCCAGCCUUUCCUGCUUUGCAGUACUUGGAAUCUGUGGAUGAAGGGGGAGUAGCAUGGCAAGCUGGCCUGAGAACUGGAGACUUUUUGAUCGAGGUUAAUAAUGAGAAUGUAGUGAAAGUUGGCCACAGGCAGGUGGUGAACAUGAUUCGACAGGGGGGCAAUCACCUCGUGCUGAAGGUUGUCACAGUAACCAGGAAUCUUGAUCCAGAUGACACAGCAAGGAAGAAAGCCCCACCACCUCCUAAGCGAGCUCCAACCACUGCACUGACCCUGCGGUCUAAGUCCAUGACCUCAGAGCUGGAAGAGCUUGUGGAUAAAGCUUCAGUACGGAAGAAGAAGGAUAUUCUCCCUUCACAUUUUGAAGGUUUGAAGAAGAGGAUUGUUUUUCGAGUCACACUAAAUAAGGUGGAUGAAAUAGUGCCAGUUUCCAAGCCAUCAAGAAUUGCAGACAAUGCAACUGUGGACUCAAGAGUGGCAACUAUAAAACAGCGGCCUUCUAGUAGAUGUUUUCCCUCAGCUACAGAUAUGAAUUCCAUGUAUGAGAGACAGGGUAUUGCUGUGAUGACGCCCACUGUCCCAGGGAGCCCUCAAGGUCCUUUUCUGGGUAUACCUCGGGGUACAAUGAGAAGACAAAAAUCCAUAGGAAUAACGGAGGAAGAGCGGCAGUUUCUGGCCCCUCCUAUGCUGAAGUUUACCAGGAGUCUUUCAAUGCCUGACACCUCUGAAGAUAUCCCACCACCACCACAGUCCUUACCUCCCUCACCACCGCCACCUUCCCCUUCUCUGUACAACUCCCCCAAAUCCCUGACGUCCCGGAGCUACGGAACGAUCAAACCUCCAUUUAACCAGAAUUCAGGUGCAAAAAUCUCUUUGGUUAGGCCCGAGAGCGUGGGGACGAUGAUCAGGGACAAAGGGAUCUAUUACAGGCGGGAGCUGGACCGAUACUCCCUGGACUCGGAAGACCUGUACAACCGGAGUGCCGCAGCUCAGGCGAAUUUCAGGAGCAAGAGGGGCCAGAUGCCGGAAAACCCCUAUUCCGAGGUCGGCAAGAUCGCCAGCAAAGCAGUUUACGUGCCGGCCAAGCCAGCCAGGCGGAAGGGGAUGCUGGUGAAACAAUCCAACGUGGAGGACAGUCCAGAAAAGACCUGCUCUAUUCCAAUUCCAACCAUCAUCGUCAAAGAGCCAUCCACCAGCAGCAGCGGGAAAAGCAGCCAAGGGAGCAGCAUGGAGAUCGAUCCUCAGUCUUCGGAGCAGCCCGGCCAGCUCCGGCCCGACGACAGCUUGGGAGUCAGCAGUCCGUUCGCAGCAGCCAUCGCAGGGGCCGUGAGGGACAGGGAAAAGAGGCUGGAAGCGAGGCGCAAUUCCCCGGCCUUCCUCUCCACAGACCUGGGAGACGAGGACGUUGGAUUAACGCCACCAACACCACGGAUGAGGCAGUCCAAGUUCACCGAGGAGGCAAUGUUUAGCAGUGAGGAUGGUUUCAGACAGCUCAUGUCGCCAUCUCCGAUCCCCGCCCCCAGAGAGCCCGAAAACCUUUUUAACAGCAACGAGCCCAGCAGCCAGAGCGACUCAAGGACAUUGAAUGCUCCGUCCAAAACGAAAGGUACUGACAACAGUACGGCGCCAGCCAAGCCCACGAGUGCUCCCAGCUCGGAUAGCUACGUCCACCCGGUCACAGGGAAGCUGUUGGAUCCAAACUCGCCACUUGCCCUCGCGCUCUCUGCCAGGGACAGAGCCAUGAAAGAGCAGACACAGCAGAUUCCAGGCAAAGGGGACGCUGUCAAAACCGACCUUAACAAACCGCUUUACAUCGACACCAAGCUGAGACCCAACAUGGAAACGACUUUUCCUGUUACUGCCACUGUCACCAGGCAAAAUACCCGCGGCCUCUUGAGACGGCAGGAGACUGAGAACAAGUACGAGAUGGAUGCAGGGAAAGAAAAGAAAGCCGAGGAGAAGAAGAACAUGUUGAUAAACAUCGUGGAUACCUCGCAGCAAAAGUCGGCUGGCCUGUUGAUGGUGCACACUGUGGACGCGGCAAAGUCGGACGAUACGCCUGAGGAUGAGGAGGAAAAGGGAACCGAGACGGAACCGAGCCCUGAAAACUCCCCACCGGAGAGGCCGGAGGGCAGCGAGGAAGCGGAGAGCGAGCUGAGUGUCCCUGCAGCACCCGAGCCCCCGGCUUCUCCCUGCAAAACCAUCAUGGCCGCCAGCUCCGUGGACGACCCCGUCAUCCUGCCCUUCCGCAUCCCCCCGCCGCCCCUGGCCUCGGUGGACAUCGACGAGGAGUUCCUGUUCACCGAGCCACUGCCCCCUCCCUUGGAGUUCGCCAACAGCUUCGACAUCCCCGACGACCGCGCGGCGCCCGGCUCGGCGCUGACGGACCUGAUGGCGCAGAGGAAGAAUGGCACCCCUUCGCCCAGCCAGCCAGCAAACUCCUUGGACGGCAAAAAGCAAGCGGGUCUCUCAAACUGUUUGCCUGCCUCCUUCCUGCCACCCCCCGACAGCUUCGACAACGUCACCGACUCCGGGAUCGAGGAGGUCGACAGUCGGAGCAGCAGUGACCAUCACCUAGAGACAACCAGCACUAUCUCAACAGUGUCCAGCAUCUCUACCUUAUCCUCGGAAGGAGGGGAGAACGUGGAUACUUGUACAGUCUAUGCAGAUGGGCAAACAUUUCUGGUGGACAAACCCCCAGUACCUCCUAAGCCAAAAAUGAAGCCCAUAAUCAACAAAAGCAAUGCACUUUACAAGGACGCGCUGAUCGAGGAAACUGUAGACAGCUUUGUGAUCCCUCCUCCCGCUCCGCCCCCGCCUCCCAUCAGUGCCCAGCCCAACCUGGCGAAAGUCGUCCCCCAAAGGACAUCCAAGCUAUGGGGGGACGUGCCAGAGGUGAAAAGCCCGAUUCUCUCAGGCCCCAAGGCUAAUGUCAUUAGUGAAUUGAACUCAAUACUCCAGCAAAUGAACAGAGAGAAAUCCUCAAAGCCAGGGGAGGGAUUGGAGUCGCCGACUGGAACGAAAACUGCGAGUCUCAGUACAAGGAGCACGGAAGUCAUGAGUACUGUCUCAGGUACACGAAGUACAACAAUCACUUUCACUGUCCGACCCGGAGCCAGCCAGCCGAUCACACUGCAGAGCAGGUCCCCAGACUAUGACAGCAGGACCUCAGGAGCAAGGCACGCUCCCAGCCCUGUGGUUUCACCAACAGAGAUCAAUAAAGACAUCAUGCCUGCUCCUCUGACUGCUUCUGCUUCAGCCUCAUCUCCUUCUCCAACUCUGUCCGAUGUAUUUAGCCUACCCAGCCAGCCCCCUUCUGGGGACUUAUUUGGCUUGACCACAGGGCGCAGCAGGUCUCCUUCUCCCUCAAUACUACAACAGCCAAUCUCAAAUAAGCCUUUUACAACUAAGCCUGUCCACCUGUGGACUAAACCAGAUGUGGCAGAUUGGUUGGAAAGUCUAAACUUAGGUGAACAUAAAGAAACAUUUAUGGACAAUGAAAUAGAUGGCACACAUUUACCAAAUCUACAGAAGGAAGAUCUGAUAGACCUUGGAGUGACUAGAGUUGGGCACAGAAUGAACAUAGAAAGAGCUUUGAAGCAGCUGCUGGACAGAUAAGAAUAGCUAUUUUGCCUCACAAACUUCUGUUGAUAACUAGAGAUGGGCUGGUACUGACAUACCCCAAAUGCCUUGUCUGUCUGCGAGUGCCAGCAAAAUUUGGGGGGUGGGAGGGGGAAAACAGAUGAAUUCCUGGUACUCAGGUGAUGCAGACUGUCUGCUACAUGCCCAAACACAAACCUAAAGAUGCUAAAGAAGUGGGGCCACUUUAUUUCAAAGCUGUGGGGAGGUGUGAGAGAGAGACAGUUGUUAACUUCAAAAAUGGUAUCUCGUGAUACUGCCCUUGGCCGGGACCAUCGCGUGACGAUUUUCUUUUAAAAUUGCAAACAUUUCAGGGCUUCUUUUAUUGAAAGAAAAAAAAAAUUGCAUUUUAUUUUAUUCUCUUCUUGACAUUCAGUCUCCAAGUGGGCUACCUUCCCCAGCUCUUGGUUCAUUUUAAGAGGACAGGUUGCUCUGUUACCACUCAAAGCCAGUUUUAUCAGUAGCAGAGAUACUGAGGUGGGCACAGGAGUUCAUAUUCCUCUCUUUUUACUGGCAUAGCUCCCUGAUCUGUUGGCAGUGAAGCUGGCUGUCCUGCUGGAGUCAGUCCAAAGGUAACCUUGCUCUGUUUUACCUGGUAUUUCUUUCUUUCUGCAGUUGUAUUUAGCACUCUUCCAAGGUGGCAGAACAAGUUCAGUGCACACUCCCUUGACGUGGCCUGAAGGACGGUGCAGACGUUGAGCAAAGGCCGAGGAGGGACGCACACUUAGCAGCAAACUGAAGCUGGUUUGAGCCUGAGAGCCCCCAGUUCUCAACCAGCUCAGCUGCUGCUGAGUCAGAAUAGGAGCUCCACAAGGCAGGACAAGCUUUGGGACUUGACAGUCAGACUCUGAGGGAGGCUGAUCCCUGAGAGGUGCUGUUUAAUUCAGUGAGUGCUUGGGUGUUUUGAACAGCAGGCCAAGGAGGAAGGAGAGGAGAGGAGAGAUGAAUGUUCCCAUUGAAGUCAGUGGGAAGGGUGCCAGGAUUUGAAGUGAGAGAGGGAUUUCAGCCUGUUAGCAAUGGAAAUGCCUCGGCUCAUUAAGAGGAGGCAGAGAGGUGAUGCCAAGAUGGAAAGAGCUGUCGAGUGUCUCAGGGUGCGCGCGUUCCGAGAGCCAGGAGGGCUGGGGAGGGAUCCAGGCUCUCAUUUUAUCACUACUAGCAGGAACUGGCUCUGGACAAGGACAGAGGGCUGGGCACUGGCCCCCAGCCCAUUCCUUGGCACAAGAGGUGGGAGCACCCUGCCAGAAUCCAGGGCUGGGAGCGGGGGCAGAGAGAGCUUUCCAGGAGACUUCCGUCAGCAGGGGAGAAACACCCAUGGCUGGUUCACACGGCUCCUUUUAAAAAGAAAGAAAAAAUUAUUAUUAUUAUUAUUAUUAUUAUUAUUAUUUCAACUUUCAAGUUAACGAGUCUCUCUCUGCAUGUUUGAACUCCCCCUUGUAAUUAACACCUCUGAAUAUCUGUGAGUUUUGUAGGACUUUUUGGACAGAAUAUUCAAGAUGUUCAAGGUGGGUAAAUUGGGUGUGGAUGGCUAAACUGCCUCCCUACCAAACUUUCAGGUUCUCUUACACUUUGCAAGGUACCUGAACUUUCUUUCCUUGAUAUGGUCCUUGAUAUGGUCCAGCCUAUCUCUAAUUUUUUUAUUAUUGUGAUUAUUUUUUGCUCACAAACAAGUGUCUAAUUAGGUCUGCAACAGCCCUAGUAUGAGUACAUAAAGUUUAGCAUUUUAAAUAUCUUUCUUUACUGCAAGUUUAAAUAGUUGUACAGAUAGUUUAUAAGCACAAUAUUUUAAGAAAAUAAGUGGCUGGUCUACUGGGCAGCCUUUGUGCCACUUCAGUGCUAGGAAGUUAAAAACAAACACAAAAAAAACAAACAAAAAAAAAAAAGAAAAAAAAAGAAAAAAACUUUUUGUGGUUUACUACUAUUUCUGUGGAAUAAUUAUAAAGUCUUGACCUUUUUAAAAUCAACCUCAUUUGGAUGCAUCUGAACCAGCAGAGCUGUGUUAUAUUUUCUAUCUUUGCUAGAACUUCUACAGACGAGGAUGAAUAUUUCUUCAAAAGUAGUUACAGUUACCAACACAUUGGAAACUCAUAAAAAGCAACUUAUUUAAGCCUCCUGCCCCCUUUAUGGAACAGCAAAUCUUUUGACUUAACAUCUGUUACUGCGCUCUGUUUGUAUUUGGGGAGUUCCAAGGAACCUGGUAAUAAAAACGAAGCACCGAGAGGCGUUUUGCUGUCGAGGAGUGCUGAGUUUUUUUCCACGGGAGGUGUAGAACAUGGCAGUUCCACUCAGAUAGGUCAAUGCAGGCAACUUGAGGCCAUCACACACUUUAAGAAGUGGAAAAAAAAGAAAAAAAAAAAAAAAAAAAAAAGGUAAUUUAGCCAUCGUUUGUCUUCCAUUUGGUGAUAGGACAGAAUUCAGUAAAUAAACCACUGAUGCCAUGCUCUCUCUCUCUUUUAUUUUUUUCAUUUUUCCUUUGUUUCUUUGGGUACAGUUGCUAUUACCUCUAUAACACGUGCCAGAAAUGCGUUAGGAAACACAUGCAGUAGUAAAAGAAACACGUAGAAGUUGACUUUUAAAGCUGCUUUUUUGGAUCACAACCUCCCUGCGGGUUGAACUCGCGCUGAGCGAGCCCCGGUAAGCCCCAGGUGAGAGCCGUCCCUUCCUCACACCGGCGUGGCUCCUGCUCCUGCCUCUCUGCAGGUGCUCCAAGAGCAGGUACCAAACGAGUGGGAGAGAGCAGAUUAAGGAGCUGUAAGGGAACAGUUUCGUUUUUCACGUUGUGUCCUGCGAAGCAAAAAGGUAAGGAGGCCUGAGGGGACCUACUUUGACCACCAGAAUGCACCUCUGCCAAGCCGAGUUCGGUCUCCAGCUCUGAGGGGUGGUUGGAAACAAAAAAAGAAAGCAAUAGUAACAGAUAACGCCGUGGCCUCUGAGUAUUUUCACCAGGGGGGAGGAGAGAAGACCCAUUUCUUUCAUGCUACUCUGAUAGUGAAAAACAAAGUCGUUAGAGAUCUAUGAUAUUCUGGGUUUUAGGAUCAACUUUUGUUUAUAUACUGUAAUUUAAAUAAAUUGCAUUUACAUGCCUAGUUUCUGUAAUAUUUGUGUAUACAAUACCAAAAUCUUACAAGAUGUAAAUUGUGUAUAACUGCACAGACUCCUUGCCCUAGGUGUCUGAGAACAUUUUAAGUUUAAUUCAUAUAUUAUAAAAUGACUAGAUGUGACUGUUGAUUUACAGAAUUUACAUAUCACAAAGAAGUUAAUUAUUUGUGGUACUUAAGUUAAUAAAAAAGUAGUGAUUUUUUUUUUCUUUUCUUUUCUUUUCCUCUCAGUUCUUAAAAGGCAUUACCCAGUUGAUCUGGCGAUGAUUAUGUGUAUGAGCCACAAAUAUUGAUAAUUUUUCCAUUACAUUUUUUCUUUUCUUUUCUAGAUAUUACUAUGUUUCUCGCUAUAGUUUGUGUAACAACUUGUGUUCACGUUAUCUAUGUUGCUGUAAUUUUUGUGCUUUAAUUCCUCUUAUUUCAACUGGUUAAAAAAAAAAAAAAAAAUCAAGCUCCUGUAACUUGCACUUUUCCCCGAUCCUUAAUACUCUUGUAUGGCAACCAAAAUUACUGUAAGAAAUAAAUAUAAUAUUGCACUAAGGGUGUGGUUCUGAUUGCAAACAGAGAACACUGUCUGGAUUUUUAUUAAAAAGGAAAAAAAAAGUUGCCAAAAAAAGUUGCAAUUUGUUAUUGAAAACGCAUAAAAUGCUUUAACAAAAUGUAGAUAGAACUAAGGGAAAAUUACUGAUUUAUUGUUGGGAAAAGCAUUUCCUGUUCAUUCCUUCUUUUUUUUUUUUUUUUUUUUUUUUUUUUUGGUUAAAGCAUUCCUUAUGCCGAAUGUUCCGUUCAUUCACUGAAUUUCAGGGGUCACGCUUGAAAUCUGGAAAAGCAGGAAACUUCGAAGGGGAGAGGUAGAAAACUGCGUUACCUGAUUUUUUUGCCUUAAGGUGGAAUUCCAAAAUCCGUGGAAUGUUCUUUGUGCUGGCUGAGCGUGUGCUGGGAAUGCCCCCCCGAGCUUUAGUGCUGCUGCUGCUGCUGCUGCUCACACCACUCCGGGGCUGCUCUGCCGCUUCACAGGGCACUCAAAAGUGGGGCCUUGGGGUUUUUAUUUCGCUGGGGGGCUGGAGUUUCUCUAGGGCAGAGCAGCUUUGCAGGGGGGAGAAGGGAACAGUGCUCCUUGUCCGACUUUGUGCAUCUUGUGACUUUAAAAUCUGUACCAGCUCUGUUUGUACUGUGAAUAAACAAGGCUGCGAAUGGAAAAACAAAACAAAACGAAACGAAACAAAACAAAAAACAAGGAAACAAUUCGCAUCUUCUUGUGGCUUAAGUUAAAGAUUUGUUUUUCUAUCUUUAAAUGGUGAUGCAAUGAAGAGUAUUUUUUAUUUUUAUUUUCUAAGAUACUGGAAUAAAUGCCUAGAACUGUUGCCAUUUGGUUUCAUAUGUUCCUUAACCACGAUUCUCUUCUCAGCUGUCGUUCUAGCUCAUCAUUUUUGUAGCCCCCUGUUGUUAUUUCUCUCAUGAUUUCCCAACAACAAUUACGUGGCAGCUUUGUUUUGUUAAAAAACACAGACGAGAACCGGCCUGUUUGGGGGUUUUUUAUUUACUUAUUUCAGGUAUUGUGGCAAUCCAGUGCUAAACAUCUGUGUAUCCAAAUAAAGUCAGGUAUUUCCAGUGCAAAACAAAGGAUGCUUUGCAAUUGUCACUGCUUGUUGGCCAAAGAAAUGAGAAGAGUUGAUCAUUGCUGUCGCUGUGUACAUUGUAUCAAUGUGUUCUGCUUUAUUCUUUGGUUUCUGUAUUUUUUUCCUGUAUUUUUGUUUUCCUGUAUUUUCCUGCAUUUCGUGGACUUUCAUCCCCUCUGUCCUUGGCUGGGCCACCCAGAGUAGCACGACUGCAACAGCGCUUCAGAAUGUGUGUUUUUAAAAAAAAAAAAAGAAAAAGAAAAAGAAAAAACCAACAAAAAAAAUUGUACGUGCCUUAUAAUUUUCCACCUGGAUCAGCUACACUGUAUUUCACAUAAAAAGCUUUAUCUUCAAGGUGUUCAGUACCUGACAAACAGAGAGUGCUGGGGGUUGGAGUGAGCUCCAUGUCACUGCUUUAGGAAAAACUGAGGAACCGCAGUGAUUCAGACCUUAUCUCGCCACAUUUUUGGCAUUGUGAGCCUGAUUUCAAGUCUUCUAUUCAAACCUAGCAAGCAAGAGGGGGAAAAGAAAUGAGAUGAGACUGUUAUUUUGGGUUCAGUUCACUGCCAUAAAUCCUGGGUGGUUGGUACAGCUGACGUGGGCUGUGUUUCACAGACGAGGUGACGAGGAUAAAUCGAUAAACCGAGUGGACUUAAUGCCAUUAAGUCUGCCACAGACUGGUUCUGUGCCACUGACAUCUAGUGGAACCUGAUGGACACUGUCUCUGAGCAAUAUCAGACCUUUAAAAAGAUUGAUUUAUUUAUUUACUUUCAACAACUGUCAUUCUUUCUACAAAGAAGCCGUUUUAGACAAUUUUGUAUUGUUAUUAUUUAGGUUGGCCUGAGCAUUCGAGUCACAGAAAGGCUGACUGUAUAAUUACACAAAUCAUACACAAAUGAGAAGUCUUUAAUGUGGUUUCUGGUCUCUCUGUGCUUGCGUUUUCUCAGUUUUCUGUUUUGAACGUCAGCAUCUCCAUGUGAUACUUCAUCUGCAUCCGGCAUGGUUUGUAAUGGGAAUAUAGGUUUUGUCUCCAGUACUGUAAACCUUGGACUGUUUUGAACCAUUUUGGACACUACAACCUGAUGAACAACAGCCUGUUCAGCUCCAAAUUGUGAAAAAAAAGUGAGUUUUGAGAUUAGGAAGCAGUUCAGAACAGCCGGGGGGGAUUUCCCAGAUGCGCUUGCAGUGCUGAAGUUUGGUUUCUCCAGUAAAAUUCCAGUUCUUUUUUUUCCUCGGGACUGAUGCCAGGAGGAAUCCGUGCACGUGUGUGUGAGUUCUUGUAUGCUUUCAAUGUAAAGGUCCUUGGGCAGCCUUAGAAAUCAAUGUACAGAUAGGACACCAGUGUUGCAUGUGCUUAAACCUGUACUGGAAUCAAUGUCGCCGUGUACCUGUUUGCUUUGGAAAUCUGAAGAGAAUACAAUAUACAGAAACCUCAAAAUCUA